CGACUUGCAGCGGCCGUACCUGCCGUGGCGCACAAUGCAACGGACCUUCAGAGAUUAAAUCGUCUCGACACGCGUCACUUCUCGUCUCCUCCUCCUCCUCCUUCUUCUCUCUCUCUCUCUCUCUCUCUCUCUCUCUCUCGUCUGCUCCUUGCGCUGCUCCGUCCGAUCAACCCCUUUAUUUCGCUCCUCCUACCUCCGAAUCUCAUCCACCCUGUCGCACGUCCGUCGCAUGCGAGGACCACUCGGUGACUUGACAUUCAACAGCUAGCGGUACAUCCUCCAGGAUGUCGCACGACAAUUUGGGAUUUACGUCGAGCACGGAUACCCUGCAAAAUCUAAAAAAGUCUUCCUCAUCUAAGGAGCGUCAGGGCUACGGAUUGAAUGGAAAGAAUGACAGCAUUUACGUUCUGGAACUCGAAGAAAAGAAGAAGAGCGUACAUACUCAGGAAGAUGAUUAUGAUCCAUAUAGUUACAGAGUGGUGGAGCAUCCGACUACCAAUGCAGAGACUAUGCUUCAUCUGGUGAAGGGUAGUUUAGGUACCGGCAUCCUGGCGAUGCCGAAGGCUUUCUACAACGCCGGAUACGUUAUCGGCGUAAUAGCUACAAUCAUCAUAGGACUCCUCUGUAUAUACUGCAUGCGAAUUCUCGUUCGCUCGGAGUACGAACUGUGCAAGAGGAAAAGGAUACCGUCCAUGACGUAUCCGGCGACCGCGGAAUCCGCUCUGUCGGAGGGACCGAGGAUCCUCAGGCGGUUCUCCAAAGCCUCCGUACACAUAAUAAACGUCUUCCUGUUGAUCUAUCAAAUGGGCACCUGCUGCGUCUAUAUAGUUUUCAUUGCUAGAAAUCUGCAAUCGGGGUUGAGCACAUUUGUCACAUGGGACUUGAACAUAUACAUAGCGAUUCUCCUGUUACCCUUGAUCUUAGUUAAUUACAUUAGGAAUCUGAAAUUCUUGGCACCGUUCUCGACGCUAGCGAAUAUCAUCAUAUUCACUGGAUUUGCUAUCAUGCUCUACUUUAUCUUUCGAGACACGCUGACCUUCGAGAAUCGCGUGGCAUUCGGGGAAGCUACGAAUUUCCCGCUCUUCUUUGGCACCGUUCUAUUCGCUCUUGAAGCCAUCGGCGUGAUCAUGCCGUUGGAAAACGAGAUGAAAACCCCUAGAUCCUUCAUGUCACCAUUCGGCGUGUUGAACGUCUCAAUGGGCAUCAUAGUCGUGAUGUAUACCGGCAUGGGAUUUUUCGGGUACAUAUGUUAUGGCGACAAGAUCGAGGGCAGUAUUACGCUUAAUCUACCCUCUAAAGAGCCGCUGGGAAUUGCAGUGCAAAUGCUUCUCGCCAUCGCCAUCUUCUUCACGCAUCCCAUUCAAUGUUAUGUCGCCAUCGACAUCGUGUGGCACGAGUACAUCAGUCACUACAUGGAGAAAUUUCGUUUCAAAAUAGUGUGGGAAUAUGUAAUCAGGACUGUCAUAAUUUUGAUUACCUUUGGCCUGGCGAUCUCAGUCCCGGAGUUGGAUCUCUUCAUAUCGCUAUUCGGCGCUUUUUGUUUAUCAGGCCUGGGACUGGCUUUCCCAGCGAUCAUACAAAUAUGCGCCUUCUGGAAAGUGAUGGGACCCAAGGAGAGAAAGCUUAUGGUGGUGAAAAAUAUGUGCCUGGUACUGAUCGGAGCCUUAGGCCUGGUUGUGGGCACCUACACCGCUCUCCGCCAGAUCAUCAAGAAGUUCUCGUGAGAUAUUUAAAAACUUGUACGACAAAAACUGUUGAACAGGCUGAUGAAGUGACCGAGGGAGAGUGGAAGUGAACGGGAAUCGUUCUCCGUACAGAAACGACGACGACGAUGUGAUACGUAGUUGAAGUUGAUCAUUGCUAAAUGAGUGCACCUAAAAAUACAAGACGCAUUCAGAGGCACUAAGCCGAGGGACCGAAAUAACGUUAACUUCGUACGACUCGCAUCGCACUUCGGCUUCGAUUUGUCGGGGACGGGAUAAAGUUCCUAAAGUGCAUUCAUCAGUUUUUUUUUUACGCGUGAUACACAAGACUGCGAGUGAAGAUAUGGACUGUACAACGACGCGACGAGUUCUGGCUCGCGUCAGCGUUAGCGUCAAUUACGGUACAGCGAUAUAUAUAUGUAUAAAUAUGUAUAAAUACAUGUAUAAAUAUGUAAAAAGGUUUUACCGUAUUAUAAAUAAAAAGAUUUUAUUUUCAUA